GGGCCGGCGUUGAGCACAGUCGUUGAUUAGCGCUCGUCGCGUCGAGUUCGCAGUCGCAGUCAGAAAUUGAAGACGCGCGCUUUGCCGUAAACAGAAACAAAAAAAAAACAACAAGAAGCAAAUCGCACGCUGUCUAGUGUUGCCGCCAAGUGUUGCAAGUGUUUAAAGAACAAUCAAAAUUAAAUAAUCAUAACAAUAACAAUUAUAAUAAUAUUGAGAGCAAGCAGCAUAAGAGUGCAAGUCGCAAGUCGCAAAGACAGUCGUAAGACAAAGCAUGUCCAGUGCACAAGUGUCUCAGCCGCCGCCGCCGAACACGCAGCAGCAGCAGCAGCAGCAGCCGCAACAGCAGACGCCGCACAUUAGCCAGCUGCUUAUUAGCCACAUAGCCGCCGCCACGCAGCACCGCGCGAAUACCACAACACCACCCGCCGCACCCAUUGCCGUUGCCGCCUCCGUUGAUUACGAUCAGUGCAGCAACAAUUCGACGCUGUCGCCCUCACCCAGAUCGAGCGGCAGUCACAGUCCAGCGACCGCUGCAGCAGCUUCGAGUCCAACGCAUUCCACGGCCACGACAGGUUCACCGUACAGCGCCUACGCACCCACACACAGCCCAGCGGCAUCUCAGGACAGCGGCCCAGCGGAACAGCAACAACUGCAAUCGCAAUCACAGUCGCAGCUGGCAGUUGCAGCGCCCGCCAUGCCGCUGCUGGUGGCGCCCAUACCGCUGGCCUGUCAGGCGACGGGGCCAACGCCAACGCAUCAUACGCACGCACACGCACAUGCUCCGCAUCCGCGUCUCUAUGUCGAGGGCGGUUUCCCGUCACAUCAUGUGCCACAUGCGGCCCUGGUGAAUGGCGCCUAUUCGCUGCCACGGCUGCCGCUUGCAACCGUAAUGCUGCCCACCAAUGCGCCAGCUGGCGCAACAGCGCUGCCGCCGCCACCGCCCGUGCCCGUUCCAAAUGCCAGCUGCUCGCCGCCCUCGAACACGGCGCUGCAGCAGGCCCAGAGUCAGCCCAAGAAAUCGUUCUGCAUCGAGGCGCUGCUCGCCAAGAGCCAGCAUCAGUCCAGCGAUAGACCGCCGCCGACAGCGUCCGAGAUGAUUGUGGAUGAUCAUCGGUUGGCCGCCUUGCACUAUGCCCGGGAUCAGGCGGAACUGAAUCACGCCUUUGUUGCAGCUUCAAAUGCAGCCGCAGCUGCCGCUGCCGCCGGCAUCAGCGAGCACGAGGCACUGCAGCGAAUACGCGACUCGCGGGAAUAUGAUUCACCCAGUCCCGACGGCAUGUCCAGAUCUGAAUCUCCCAGCUCAUCGCAUCGCUCCAGCCCGCCCAUCAGUCCGGGCUGUGAGGAUCAGCAGCCACAGCCCGCGCAUCAUACACAGCAUCUGGGCAUGCGCAUGUCCGAUUUGCAUGAUGAGUUCAAGAAGCCGGUGCCACCGCACAGUCCCAUACGGCCGCAGGAUUUUCCACUCUACGCGGGCGGACAUCCUUAUCAGCUGCUGGCGCCAGGCGGCUCGGCUUUCCAUAGGCCGCUGGAUCCCUCCGGCAAGCCGAUUCCGAUACCUAUGGGUCACAAUUUUAUGCCCUCCCAGCUGCAGUUUGAGUUUUUGGCACGCGCCGGCAUGCUGCAUCAUCGCAUACCCGAACUGGCCGCCUAUCCGCAUCAUGCGAUACUGGGCAAGACGCGACGACCGCGUACCGCGUUCACAUCCCAGCAGCUGCUCGAGCUGGAGAAACAGUUCAAACAGAACAAGUACUUGUCGCGCCCGAAACGCUUUGAGGUCGCCAGCGGCCUAAUGUUGUCCGAAACGCAGGUGAAGAUUUGGUUUCAGAAUAGACGCAUGAAAUGGAAGCGCUCCAAGAAGGCGCAGCAGGAGGCCAAGGAGCGGGCCAAGGCGCAGCAGCAGCAGCAGCAGCAAAGCUCCAACAGUGCCGCCAGCAGCGGCAGUUAGUUUCGCUUGGAGCGGCAGCCGGAACUUCAUUUCUAGUCAGGCAAUGAACAGACGUCCAGCUGGUGAGACACCCUGUAUGUUGAACACCUUGCCACGCCUACAAUUCCCCUCUCUCUCUCUCGGCAAGCUGGCCAAAAAUACAUUUCAUGAGAUUGCGCAAAAUUAGCUUCGCAAUUAGCUGAAAUUUUUGGUCAUUAUUGUUGUUGCUUUGAUUUUCAGUUGUUGUUGUUGUUGUUGUAUUUAUAAAAACGAUGUGGGAAUUGAUUUCGCGGUCCACAACAACAACAACAACAACAACAAAAAUAACAACAAAGCGCACUGUGUGAUAUAUGUAAACAAGAAAAAUAUAUAUAUAUAUAUAUAAAUAAAACACUGCUACAUAAAAGUAUUUGCCCCAUGUACAUAUACACCAUACACACCACACACAAUCUAUCAAUUAAUUUAAAUUACUUUAAA